AUGGCUUCUAUUUCAGCGCCUAGAAGGCAGCCAAACGUCCCACCAACUCCCAGAGGCCAGCCAGCGCAAAAUCCACCACCCUCUGGAACCGCAAAAGGGUCUUCUUCACGUAUAUCCGAUGGUGUGAACCUCAAGUUGGAGGUGAGGUUGUUACCACCAACAUUGACAGAGGCCGAGUUCAGGGAACAGCUAGCACACCACUACAAAAAUAUGGACCUGAUAGGCUCCUUGUACUACGUCCAAGGUGUGCUUGCUACUAAGCCCUAUGAACUUCCUACAUAUUCCAGGGCAUACAUACGGUUCGCCAAAGAGCAGUACAUCCAGGGCUUCAUCUCAGAACUUCAAGGAAAACCAUUCUACGAGUCUACCACGAGCGACAGUUUGAUUCCAGUUAUUGAGAAAUCUAUCAUAAACCAGAUGCCAGAGUCCACUAUUUCCUCCAAACCCAUAGCUUUGAGUGUAAUCGAAAAGAACCCCUUGUAUAAAAAAUAUUUGGAAUUUCUUAAUGGAGAGACUAAGUCUUUCGAUCUCGCCAAAGAACAUUAUACUAUUAAAAAAGAGCAGAAAGCAAAAUCAAAGGCAAGCAAGUUACAAAAGCUAGCAAAACAGAGAAGCGAAAAGGUGGAUUCAAAAAAGGCUACACCUGAAGAUAAGCCCCUCAAACCCUUAAAACUCAAAGCAAAAGAAAAACUGUUCCCCGAGAGGCCAAAAGCCAAUGUCGGGGAAGAUGGAAAACCUGGAAAAUUAAAGUCAAAGAAGAGAAACAAGUCUAAUGAAAAGCCACAGGAGAACCCGAAUGAGAACCCGAAUGAAAAGCCGAAAGGGAAGUCAAGAGAGAAAUCAAAAGAGAAGUCGGACGUAAAAGAAAAGAGUCAAACAAGACCAUCCAAACCAAAGAAGGUAGCACAAAAAGACAAAGCUAACUUGGAAAAGAAAAUUGUAAAACCGAGUAAACUACAGGAACUUCCAAAGAAAAAUCCCCCAAAGGAACGAGAUAACAAAGUCAAAAGUGAGGAUACUAAGGGAACAGAAAUUGCCCCAAAUUAUCCUAAGCGAAACAAACUGAACGUUGAAGUAAAAUCAAAAAAGGACAUUGCUUCGCAAAAUGAGUUGAUUGCCAAUUCUAGACCCAAGGCAGAGGUUAAAUCAACUGAAAGGCACAAAAAAGCUCCAAAAAAGAGGCUACCAAGCAAUGAACCAAAAGAGGUAAAAAAUACAGAGGGUGGCACCGUCUAA